CUGCUGCUUCAUUUUCCUAAUUUAUACGCGCGCUGCGCUAAUGAAAAUUUACGUGGCAACCGCAUACUGUUUUGUUGCUACUGCUGUUACACUAAUAAUUCAUUGUUUCGAAAUGGCCAUAAGCAAAUUACUGACAUUAAACUAUUUGUGGGAGGUAACAUGUUGUUAGAUUAAUACAAAAUAGUUUACUUAAAUUAAGUGGUAAAUGUAACAGCUAUCACUAUGGAGCCCAGUUCAGUCCACGUAGUGACGAGAGCCCAGUUCAGUCCACGUAGUGACGAGACGCACCAGUGUAGUGUCGCUGCUCCUUGUGCUUGUUACCAGACUUGGGCCCACCACUUGAAGCAUCUCUGAGAAACCCUGAGCUCCAUUUUUGGCCCCCUCCGCCUACUGCGGUUAAGAGACGUUUGGUGACAGUCGCCGAGUAAAGCCACCAAUUCCACUUAUAUUUCCGCAUUUCCUUGCCUGAUUUAAGUCAGCGGUUUCAUUUUAUUCAAAUCAUUCCAGUUACAAAUAUUUUUUGGGAAUAAAAGCAGUUGAUUCCAGUUGAAUAUGUGCAUGUGGCCAUGAAGGAUCUAAGCGAGGAGUUACUGGAUCGCCAUUUCAAGCAGCAGCUGGCCAGUUACAAGGAUGCCGAUCAGGCAAGGGCUAAGCAGUCGGAUCGCCUCAUCAUGGCCAGCUGGAUAAAGGUGUUCGAGAAGGCUCCGCUCAGCGAGAAGUUGGCCCGGAACAGCCUGAUGCUGCUCAUGCAUGGCCACCUGAAGGACUUUGGAGUGCUCAAGGAACCGUUCACGGAUGUGCGUAACUGCAGUAGGAAUCUGAAUGAAAUUUUGGAUGAGUACAGGGGCCAGCCAUGUAGGAAGUUGGCUACUGGCAGAUCACCUACUCACCUGCUCAAGAAGUGCUCCACUCAAAUUUUACGACCCAGGAAACUGGAACCCAUCAAGGAGGUUUCCGAACACUCGGAAAAGGAGCCUAGGACCAGUAGUUUUGCCAGCAUUGUGACGAUAAUUCGAAAAGCGAAUACGCGAUCCUCUGACUCGAAGGACAGCCUAGUUUCUGCAAAGACUGGCUUCGAGUCCCCAAAUGGAGCUGAUAGUAACAAUGUGAAGGAACCUGACAGCGGAAGAACCCGUUCCUCCACUUCCUUAUCCCAAGAGAUCAUAGAUCAGGUCAACCGCCGAUCAAGUGCUGUGAAAAAUCUAAGGGAUUGCUUUGAGGAAAUGACCGAACGUUUGAAAAACGCAAUCGAUCCGAAAUAUGCCGUACCCACGAAAUAUAACCCGAAGAUUCCGCCGCCAAAGCCACCAAAGAAGAUUCACCAGGAUGUGCCUGCCCAGCGAGUCCGGCAACCUAUAGGCCAAUGCCAUUCUCCCCCCAUUAGUUGCAGGGACACAACUGUUCAGGGAUUGCUGAUUCGAAGAGAACAGCUGCGUGUCCAGUGCUUGGCGUACUACAACUCGGAUGGCACGAUGAAGGAUGUGAUGGACAUGCCUGAUCCCUCAAUGGAUACUAGAAAAGAUGAACAGAGAGUCAGAGGCUUCAUAAUUGGUGCCUACAGAGCCUUGGAACGUCUGAAACGCUGGCGCGGAAAAUCCAAACGUUUAAGAUUUUUCCAAACCUGCUUCCAGAAAUUUGGGCUUCGUAAUUUGUGGGAACUACAGGCUCUGGAUCGAAGAUUCGAGAGGGUGGCGCUCAAGUGGUAUCGCCACAAGGUGAUGGCUUGUCAACAGAACACCUGGCUUAUUUAUCGCAGGAGCAUCUUGGCCCAGAAGCCAUCGUACGACGAGGACGAUCUACAGCAGAUGCGCCACCAGAUUGAGCUGCAGGAGCAUUUGCAGCGAGAGCGAAUGGUGCACCUGGCCAAGAUCAGGGAACUGUGCAGGAUCAACUGUCACGGGAUCAUCACGCAGGAAGUUCUUGGCAAGAUGCUCGAUCGCCUGGACGAUGAACGAGGCCAGCUGGACGAGGAUCUCAAGUCACUGCUGCGCCAGAAGGACCAACUGUUCCAAUGAAGCAUCUUGCGAAUCCGCAGCUUUUUUCUCACCUUUUUUUGUUUUUGUACUCAUUUUGCACUUGUGUGUAAACCCGCUUACACCGUGAGCUACGCUGCUCGUUAAUAAUUUUAUAUACUAUUAAAUUAAGAACUGCUGACAGGGAUACAAAGUAAACGCGUGGGUUGGUGGAAGGGACCAAAGCUGGAGAUGACUACACAAUAAACAAACAAUCUACUCGUAAAAUGCAGCUAUUUUUUAAUUAUGCAAUGUUUCCGUUGCAGCUUUGCCAGAAACCAGAAACGGAAGCUGCGUUACAGGGUUAGAAUAGACCACUCUAAUACCCUUUGAGUGAUGGAAU